UCCGACAAAUUAUAAAAAAGACACGGGAGCCGUCGAGAAUUUACACGAGACCAUCCAACUGCACCGUCACUUCCACUCAGGCCGCGAUUCUACGCUGACGACGCAGUCUCUGCUUCACUCUCCCCGGUAACUAAUCCGUAUUCGUUUUGUUGCCAUGGAAAAUUGAUUAUUCCUUGCGGUGAUUUUCUCGCUCGUUUAGCUGAUUGGUGUUAAAAUUCAAAUCGCCGGAUGCUGGGGUUAUUUCGCGUCUAUACAGAUAAAAUCUGGGCCUGUAGAGUCCAUUAUCUUUCGGCAUUAAAUUUGAGAAGGAUCAACCACUUCAGGAUGAACUCCUGACAACUCUUCACUUGCAGUCACCUUAUCCUUCGCUUUCUGGGAUCCGAAUUACGUCCAACUCUGUGAUACUGUAAAAUGACCCCAGCCAAACAGGCACCUUGUUUCUGCCCAUUAAGUUUGUAGUUUCUUCAUGCAGAGAAAAUUGAACCUGUUCCUGUCUUGCAAUGUAAUAAGCUCAGUGAAUAGGAAUUAUAUUGUUUCCAAGUAUCAGAUACCAGAACUACCAAAAUAGUUGGUAAUUCCAGAUGGGCCAGAUAUGGAGGAGCAUGUGAAAGCCAAUUCUUAUGACUAGAUAAGAAUGAAGUUCUCUAGCAAGUUGAAAGAGAAUUAUCCCAGUUUAAAUGCUACUAGGGUUGCUGAUAACUUUAUGGAGGAAAAUCUGCAUUAUGUUAAUAGCAGUGACCAAAUAAUGAAAAAAAAAGAAGGAUUAUGUACUCAAAAAUUGAAGAAAUCCUUGGAGUGUUCACUGAACGAUUUUGAUAGUCAUGCUGAUGCUGCAGUUAAGCAUGGAGAGAAACUUAAGAACAAUCAUGCAGUUGUCAACUCACAUGACAGACAAGGCAAAUCAAUUUCUGCAAUGCUAGCUCCAGCAGUGCCCAAAAAGCUCUGGGAUGGAUUACUUCAUCUAAGUUCCUCCAUAACCGUGUCUGCUGUUGCCUUCUUUAAAAGCGGUGACAAGAUGCCAGAUGUCAAUUGGUCUGAUUCUGUUGAAGUUAAAGGAAAAGUUAAACUAGAGGCUUUUGAAAAAUUUAUUCAAGAUCUUCCUCGCUCACGCAAUCGAAGACUGAUGGUGAUCUCACUUUGCUGGAAAGAAGGGUCUUCUAGCACUGGACUGGCAGAGUUGAAAGAGGUUGCAAAAGGGUAUAAAGAAGGAGGGAGAGUUGGGAUUGCACAGCUCUCACCAGGUAUUGAUCUUUACAUAUGCCCUCGUACUGACACAAUAAUUACAAUCCUUGCAAAACAUGGCUUCUUCAAGGGCAUGAAUGCUGUUGAAGACAACCAAGACUCCUUGGUUGGUUGCGUUGUGUGGCGAAGAAAUCAAGCACCUUCUGCUUCUGCUGCAAUGAAAUCUGAUAAAAAAAUCCAUUCCUCACCAAAGCGGCCUUCAAACUCUGCUUCUGACUCAUCUAAUAAAAGAGUUAAAAAGAAACAUUUGCCCGGCAGAGAACUGGACAAUGAAUCUGUUGCAACCACAUCAGGCACAGCCCUUUAUAGUAAUGAUAGCAGUGGAAAUGAAAGCAAGAAUGCGAAGACUAGUGAAGUUGACAUUGAACUGCAAGGCAUUUCUUCUAGUGGUGGUAAAUUCUUACCAGCAAUGUCAGUCCAGAGCAAUUCGUCAUCUUUGUCAAGAAGUCUUGUACCUUCCCCAUGUUCUCCCUCUACGUCUCUACAUGGUGUUGUGGAACAGUCUCUUGAAACGAGAACAUUUACAGAGGAGAUGUUAGUAAUGCAGAAACCUAAAAUAAAUCUGGAACUUCAAAGACAUGAAUAUAAUCUGCCACCUCCCAUUAUAGAAACACAAGUCUCUACUCCUGAUGAUGAUGAUCUUCCUGAAUUUGACUUUGGAUAUGCAUGUGGUACUUCUCGAACUUCAAUCAGCAAGAGUGUACAUGCUGCAAUUGUUGACAUGGUACAUUCUACUGAUGGAAUGAAGGAAAUGGCAGGCAUCUUCCCAAAAAAAAUGCCAACUCUACUUACUCGUGGAGUAGUGAUCAUCAGGGAGCGACAACUAGGGUUUUGA